AUGACUACUACUUCAACCACCUUUCAUUCUAUCUUUAGAGUUAAAUAUAUUAGACAUUUGAUAUUUAAUCAUGUAGGUGUGAUAUCAAAUCAAUUUGGUAGACUAGGAAGACGAUCAUUAGUAGGAAGAGAUAUCAUUAAACUACCUCUUCUUGGAAUGAUAUCAAAGUAUGCAAUGCCUUGGGAGUUCGUUAGACACUAUCUACAUAGUAGUAGUAGUAACGACAGAUAUCAGAAGAUACUACCCGAAAGAAGAAAAAGAGUAAUCACUCAAUACUGCCAUCAUCCCAAUGCAACAUUGGAUACACUAGUUUAUCUAUUGGAAUGGUCUAGAGAUGACAUUGAUUGGGCGUACUUGAAAGAAAAUAGAAAUAGAAAUAGAAAUGAAAUAAGAAAUCAAGAGGUAUUGGAAUAUCUAAUCAAGGGAUUGCCAGCUGAUGGUUGCAGAGACUUUCUCAUUUGUGCAAUGAAGGUGGCAUGCACAUACGGCUAUCUUUCAUCUAUCAAGUUGAUCAAGAAAAGUAUUGUAAAGAGUUACUACCAAGCAAUUGUCAUUGCCUCUAACAAGGGAUUCAUUGACAUUGUAAAGUAUUUACAUGAGAAUAGAACUGAAGGUGGAGAUCAUAUUAUUGAGGCAAUGGAUGAAGCUGCAAGACAUGGUCAUUUAGAAGUUGUAAAGUUUCUUCAUUUUAAUAGAACUGAAGGUGCAACAACCGUUGCUAUGGAUGGUGCCGCAAAGAAAGGUUAUUUAGAGGUUGUUCAAUUCCUACAUGAACAUCGUCAAGAAGGAUGCACUGAAUAUGCUAUGGAUGUAGCAGCUAAAAAAGGACACAUUGAUAUCGUAAAGUAUCUUCAUUUCAACAGGACUGAAGGUGCAACUACUAAUGCUAUUGAUAAGGCUGCAAAGAAAGGCUACAUUGAUGUGGUAAAGUUCCUUUCAGAGCACAGGACAGAAGGUUCAUCAACUGAUGCUAUCGAUUGGGCAGCUGAAAACGGUCAUAUUGAAAUUGUUAGAUACCUUUCUGAGCAUAGUAGUGAGGGUGCAACUACCGAUGCUAUGGAUGGGGCCGCUCGAAAUGGUCACAUUGAAAUUGUAAAGUACCUUUCAGAGCAUAGUAGUGAGGGUGCAACUACCGAUGCUAUGGAUGGGGCCGCUCGAAAUGGCCAUAUUGAAACUUUCAAGUACCUUGAAAAGCAUAGUAGUGAAGGUGCAACAACCGAUGCUAUGGAUUUGGCAGCUCGAAAAGGACACAUUGAAAUUGUAAAGUACCUUCAUUUCAAUCGUAGCGAAGGUGCAACAACCUAUGCUAUGGAUUGGGCCGCUGAAAAGGGUCACAUUGAAAUUGUAAAGUACCUUUCUGAGCACAGAACAGAAGGUGGAACAAAAAGUGCUAUAGUCCGUGCAGCUGGAAACGGCCACUUUGAAAUUGUUAGAUACCUUUCUGAGCAUAGUAGUGAAGGUGCAACAACCAAUGCUAUCGAUUGGGCAGCUGAAAACGGCCACAUUGAAAUUGUUAGAUACCUUUCCGAGCAUCGUAGUGAAGGUGCAACUACCUAUGCUAUGGAUCGGGCUGCUCGAAAUGGUCACAUUAAAAUUGUCCAAUAUUUACAUUUUAAUCGAAGUGAAGGACGUAGUAGAGCAGGUAUUAAGUCUGUUUGUGAAAAAGGAUUACUGGAAAUAGCAUCAUUUCUAAUCAAUGUCAGAAAUGAGAAAUGUGAUGAAGAACUACUACACACUGCAUCAAUGAAAGGACACUAUGAUAUUGUCAAGUUGAUGCUCACACAAUUCACAGAUACCACUGGAAUAGAAUCAAUUAAAAGAGUCAUAAAUAGAAUGAAAAAAGUACAAGACCAUUUUGAAAUCAUCCAACUACUCGAGAAUCAUUUAAACCAGAUUCAAGAUGAUCAACCACAACAAAAAAGAUAA